UACAGUGUAAUGCACAGUGUAAUGCAUCUAUCUCUUUGUUUGCAUGCGGAUGACAGCGUACAGUACAGGCAAAAACAAGCACAGGUGGCCCGCUCGGUACAGUACUAUCUUGGCCCCCUCUCUCGCACUCGCCUGUCGUGCUGGUUCGAUCUUCACUUUGCCGUGUCUGGACGCGCGAGCUAAUAAUACGAAGCAUCUAGACAGAAACAAGAAAAGAUGAUGCGCUCAACUAAGGUUAGAGGACAAGGUAAAAGGAUAAGGCAGGCCAGGUAAAGUGAUGAUGAGAUCUACGGGACGCUCGCGCCGCCUCUCCAUAACGACUAGCCUCCCACCCACUGAUCAGACGCAGGGAAAUUGACUUUGCCCUUUGUUCUCGUAUUACGGCACGCCAGGAGCCACUCUGGAUGGCUUCCGGGUUCUGGGUGCUCCGUAUCCCACACCGAAAGCGAAAGCGGUCGAAUCUUGAUUCGCCCAAUCAAGCCUCUGUCUCUGCGUCUCUUCUUGUCUGCUCUCUCAACGCUCUGCUUUCGUCACUUGACCCAGACUGUGACUGUGGAUGGCUGCAUCAGGAUGGGAUGUCGUUGGCUCGCUUGCUUGCACUUCCACUUCAGCCCUCAGGGGUCAGAGGCUGGACUCGCUUCUCGACCGUCAUCCUCCAUUCUUUAGCCAUGUGCAAACCUGGCACGCACAUUGUGACCGUCAGCAGCGAACAGGGCCUCCACUCCGAUGGUGUCUUGCUGCAGACUGGUGGUCGGCAGAUGCAGCAGGGGAAUCCGGCAUCCUUUGACGGCUCGCCGCUUAUUCUCAAUUACCCCCUGCCAGGCUUCGAUUUUCGGAAUUGCUAGCACGGCGCCGAAGAAGAAAAAAACACUGCAGAAAAACGCUGCAGAACCGCGCCGCAGGAAGCCCCUGCGUACUGCAUGAAUGACAUGAUAGCUUUCAGGUGCAGCCGCGGCACCGCUGCUAUUUUGGCGAACUUUUGUCUAGCCCUUGGUCCUAUCACACUACGGAAUUGCUCCGUAAGUGCCAUUCUUCCACUUUUCUUCGUUGAAAUUAGGAGGAGAGACGCGGGCGAGAAGGAAAUACAAUGGAGCAGCUGAAUGGUUGCGAAGUGCCGUUGCUGCUCCAUUCCAGAUGCCCAGAAAUGCUAUUCUUAUUUUGAUGGCU